AUGGCAGCCCAGGUACUUGCAGCGUGGGACGAGUGUGACAAGACCGACACUGUCUUUAUUCUUGUCUGUACCGUCUUUUGCUGGACCAUUGUCCCAACUGUUGGGAUCGCGUACGGAGGUUACUCCUGGAAGCGCAAUGGCUUAGCUUCUGUUAUGCCUGCUGUUCUCACGAUUGCUACCUGCUCGAUACAAUGGUUUGUAAUCGGUUAUACCUUAGCUUAUGGUGAGGGUGGCUACGUCUUUGGUGACUUCCAGUAUACCUUUCACCGCGGGGUGCUGUCGGAGCCUGUUGGAACUAUACCUGCGAUACUCUUUAGCGAGUUUCAACUCGUUUUCGAGGCCACUGUGUGCGCGAUCGCUGUCGGCGGCUUUUGUGAGAGAGGUAGACUCCUACCGGUCAUCCCAUUCAUUCUUUUGUGGUCGACGCUCAUUUAUUGUCCUCUGGCACACAUGGUUUGGGGAGGCGGUUUCCUCGGUGAAGGGCUAGGGGUUUUAGACUUUGCGGGUGGUACACCUGUUCACGUCUGCUCCGGGGCAACUGCGACAGCAAUCAGCCUCUACCUCUCCUACCCGAUCUUCCGCUCUCGCCGGUCUGACUAUCGGACACCCACGCACAUUCGACUCCACCGGCCAGGGAACUCCUUUGGUCAGUUGAUCGCUUUGAUUAUAAUCUGGGGCUCGUGGCUCGCUUUUGAUGCCGGCACCACCUUGGCGCUGAACUUUCAAUCUGUGAUGGCACUAUGUGUGACAAAUCUGUGCGCUUCGUCGGGAGCUUUGACCUGGGCCUGCAUCACGUACUUCGAAACCGGAAAGUGGUCCCUGGACUCGACCUUCAUGGGCGCUAUAUCGGGAUUGGUAAUGAUCACUCCGUCAGCCGGUUUCAUUGAUAUGCCUACGGCCUUCUUCUUCGGCAUCCUUGGCGCCGUUGUGUGUCGUCAAGCUUUAAGGAUCAAGUCCACAGAUUUCGCCCGACGUUGGCGUUGGGUCGACAACGGCGACACUUUCGCUACUCACUGCGUUGGGGGUGUACUGGCCACCGUUGCAACAGGCCUCUUCGCGCAAAAGGAAGUUGCAGCCUAUGGUGGAGUCGUCGUCGAUGGCGGUGUCUUUUUUGAUGGUAAUAUACGGCAACUUUGGGUGCAGGUCGUUGAGGUCCUUGUGGGCUUCACGUGGUCUUUCAUUGGCUCGUUUAUGAUCGUUGCUCUGAUAGAUUGCAUCCCAGGACUUGAAGUCCUAGCGACUGACAAGGAAAUUAUGGCUGGUCUCGAUACUUUCCAAACUGAAGAAUCGCUUUGCGACAUUGUAUUUCCUGACGAGGAAGACUAUUGCCCGCUUUCUGGGGGGAAUAUUGAGCUGUAG